AUGCCCGGAGGCGUUGUGGGCGGCUUUGCUAGCAGCGGCAACGCAAGCGGCGCUGGCGCCACCUGGCGGCCGAACUCGUUCAUAUGCAGCGCCAACGGCAGCGACCGUCCAGUUGAUUGGCUAAAGGCAUCAGUCGCUGACAAACCAACAGACCAUAACAAUCAACUUUUGCUGCAGUUCUUCAUCUGCUUGGCUCUCUGCGUGGCUGUCGCUCAGGCAGGCUACCUGGCUGCUCCAGUUGCCACCUACGCUGCCGCUCCAGUGACUACAUAUGCUGCAGCAGCUCCCUUGGCCACCUAUGCCCGGACCGCCUAUUCCGCUGCCGCUGUGCCCGCCGCCUACUCCACCUAUGGAGCUCAGGCAUAUGCCGCACCUGCCACCACUUAUGCUGCCUCCCCCUAUGGCGCACCCAUCUCUACCUAUGCUGCUCCAGCUGUCAUCAGCCCCUUCCUGAAGAAGAAGUAA